UGCUGGUUAAGCCCGGCCGGGAUUUUUCACGUUGAUACUGAACAGACUGAAUUUUUCAGUUAACAGCAUUCAGUUAGUCUUAAUGGGGAGCGAAUUUCUGAGCAACAGAUGGAUUGUUUUGGUAGCCUGCAUAUGGAUAGAAUGUUGUGCAGGGGCGUCAUACAGUUUUAGCCUUUAUUCCCAGACCAUUAAGACCCGAUUUAGUUACACCCAACAGCAGCUCGACAUAAUUUCAGUCUUAAAAGACACAGGGGAAUGUAUAGGCAUUAUCUCAGGCCUGCUUUAUGACCGCUUUCCUCCAUGGCUUGUCCUGCUCGUGGGAGCAGCACAGAAUUCGGUAGGCUAUAUGGUCAUAUGGCUCUAUGUGACCGGCCGCCUAGCGACUCCUGCUUUGUGGGAGAUGUGUGUGUUCAUCUGUGUGGCCAUCAAUGGCCAGACGUACUAUAACACAGCUUCUAUUGUGACCUGCGUCAAUAAUUUUCCUGGAAACAGAGGAAUUGUGGUGGGUUUGAUGAAGGGAUGCCUUGGUCUUAGCAGUGCCAUUCUGUCUACUGCUUGGCGCCUUGUUUUUCCUGAGUCAGAUGGGUCUUCUUUCUUGUUAGUGGCCGCCAUUGUUCCUUCUGUGGUGGCCCUUGUGCUCACACCAAUUGUGAGGAAACAUGACCCAGUUGAGUUUAAAUAUGGUUCUUCUGCUACUACGGUGAGAUUGGGUAUGGUGUCUGCUCCAGUGGUGGUUUUGGCUCUGUUCUUGAUGGGUUUUAGUCUUUGGGGUCGACACUCUUUCCAGGCGAGUGAUUCUAUUACUGUAUAUAGUUUAUGAAUUGAGAUGGUAUUCAUACAAUCUAUAUUUUAUUUAGUUUUCUUCUUUAAAUUAUGCUGAAAAAAUUGGUUUAAAUCUGGUCGGUCAUGAUAGCUGAUCGAGGAGAUUGUCAAUGUAUAGUUGAGUAUCUUAAUUUUUGGUUUUUCAAAAGUUUAGGUGGCAAUUUCAAAUCAUUUUCAGUUUUUAACAAUAGUUUAUUUGACAUGUCCUCUUUGAUAGUGUCAUUUUUGAUUUAAAUUGUGUGCAAAUUUUUUGAAACAAUGUUUUAGAUCACACUUCAUGAUCCAUCAUCAAGAAAAAUCAGGUACACACCACCAAGGAUAUAGUGGGCUUUUUGUUGAGGUGUUCAAAAGCUCCAAAAUAGUUAAAAGUAGUUGCUUUUGGUUGUGAAAGUCCAACUGUCACAACUAUUCAGUUCCCAUGUUUUUUUGGUGAACCAUGCAAUUCAUUAUCUUUGAUAACUUGUAUUUUUUGUAUAAUCUGUUGUAGGUUUAUAUUGCUCUGUUUUUACUCUGUUUGUUCAACACUAAGUCAUGUUUUAUCAGUGCGUUGAUGUGGCAUCACAUGACUUGUUGCUUUUUAGAUCUAGGAAAUACAUUCCAUUCAAUUAUGACUGCUCAUGAUCAACAUCAAUUUUAAAGUCACAAGUAUUAGUGCUAUGUUAUCAAAAAUAUUAGACAUUAGAUCAACAAAUAUUAUCACAACUAUUAAAACAUUCUGGACUACUAGAUCCUUUCCCCUGAUCAGUUUUUUUUCAUUGCACCUAGAGAGCCCACGCUGAUUCUGUGGUAUGACCAUCUAGCUUGAAAGAGCAGAGCAUUAUAAAAUGUCCUACAAUUAUAAGUUCAGUUGCUGAUUUAUUUUCUUUCUAACCAAAAACAUCACAUUAUCAGACUAAGAAAAGAUCAAUAGAACUACAAAAUACAUAAUUCUUUUAGGA